AUGAUAAAAGAAAUUGAUAUCACAAAAACCUUCGAAACUACAAACAGAACAUAUAAUGAUCCAAAAGAGCUAACUUCUGACAACAAGUGUUAUAAACUUGCCUUAUAUCUAGAGUCUCAAUUAAAAACAAUGAAUUUUGUAUUAACUCUAUUUGGCUUAAUCUGUAAUUUCUGCGAAGGGUUUAUAGUGAUUAUUUUUUAUUUUCACACAGAGAAUGAGAUGAUAUUGAUAUUUAAAUAUUUUGUCUUUUUUAAAGCUAUAAGCUCGGCAUAUAUGGGGUAUAUUUCAAUACAAUUAUGAAGACAUAGGGAAACAAGCCAUCCAAUGAACUUUUCAUAUAUUAUCAUUUGUUUUAUAAUCGUGCAAGUUAGUUUAUUUUCAUAUGAGGCACCAGAAAAUAAUGCUUGCAUGGUAAAUUUUGUGAUUGCUGAUACGGUUGUGGAUAUAGUGCUGCUGCUAAUUUGUAUUGCUUAUAUUUGCUGGAUGAAAAUCAAAGCAAGAAGUUAUUUCAAAGAAAAAGAGAGUUUCAGGUCAUUUGCCACAGUUUUAAGCAUAAAACUGCUAAAUCCCCACUUUUUUAAGUAUGAGAAAAAUUUGGUAGGUAGCCUAGCAAAAAUUGUUUAUAAAAUAUUUUUCAGUAUAAAUUAUUUUUAAACUCAAUAAUUUUGUAACGAGAUCUUUAAGUUCAUUCGAUUAAAUUUUAAAUAAUUUGCAUUCUAAAGCAUAAAAUAAAGUUAAUUUUACUUUAUAAUCGAUUUUAAAAUCUGGGGAAAAAUUAACCCCCUUAAAAGGCAAGCAAAAAUGUCUUGCCCUUGUAAAAGGAGGAAUAAGGCUAUUUCCUAUUCCAGAUCAGAUGGAAGCUGAUGCAUGUCAAAAUUCUAGUUAUGACUUGGAUUAG